AUGAGCAAGUUUUAUCAAAGAAAAAAGGUAUUUGUCUUUUUGUUUCUUUUAUUGUACAUAUCAAAUUGGUGUAAUCAUAUUUUAUUACAGUACAAAGAUUCAUAUAUAAUUGAGUAUAAUGAAAAGGGUAAAUAUAUGUAUUUAAUUUUAUUUUGGCUAGUUGAAUAUAUUAAUGGAAGUAAUAAAAUUUUGGAAAGAAAACCAUUUUCUUUUUUUGUAUCAUCAAAAGUAGUAUAUGGAUUAUAUAAUAAUAAAAAUUAUAGUAAAUUUUCUGAUUUUUGUUUUAUUAAAAAAAAUAAUGAAAAAAAAGGAUCCGUUAUUCUUUCAAGUGCAUAUUCCCCUACUACUAAGCUUUUGAUUUUAGAUAAAACAGAUGAUGAAAUUUAUAAUUAUACAGAAAAUAAGAAUGGAAAAAAAUGUGAAGAUUUAGAAAAAGAAGCAUUGUUUGUGUAUCGGUUUAGUGACAUGCCACAAGAGUAUAUAAAUAAAAAUUAUAUUUUUUAUAAUAAAGAUAUAGACAAUCAAUUAGAAAACAAGUUGCUAAAUUUUAUUAUACUUCAUUGUGACACCAAAUUUAAGAAUGCAUUUAAAAUCGAAUUUGUAAAUAAUGACAAUUUUUUAAGAAACCAUUUUUCAUGUGAAGAGCAAGGGCUGAUCGAAAUAUCCAUGCUACUGUUCGUAAUAUUAUCAGUUUUGUCGCUGAUAUAUUUUCGAAAAAGAAAUAUGUUGAGUAAAGAAAAUGGAACAUUAAAAGAGUCGGUUCAUUCUGGGGCUUUGUUUUUUUAUUUUUCAAAUAUUUUUUAUUUAAUUCAUAUAUAUGCGUAUGCACUUAAUGGGGCAGGGUUUAGUGUACUAAAAGUUUUAAGUCAAAUAUAUGAAUCAAUUUUUGAUUGUAUUAUUUUGACAAUACUUUUUUAUUUAAUAAAUAGCAUUCAUAAUAAAAAGAAAAGAAAAGAAGAUACUAUAAAAACUGGAUUUAUAUAUUCCAUGUUAAAAUUUUUUUAUAUUUUAUUUGAGAUACAGAAUCAUCAAACUUUGAAUGCGUAUUCAAGUUUACAUUCCGUUGUAGCAUUCCCUUUUGUUAGUCACAGAGUUGUUAUUUCUGUGUUAAUAUAUAACAAUUGUAGAAAAUUAUUGAAGGAAAAGACAAACAUAGCUGAUAAAACUAAUGCUCUUUUGGAUGCAUCUAUAUAUAUCGCAUGGAUUCUGUCCAUUCCGUUUAUUUAUUUUUUUUUGUGGAACGCUUCAGUGCACUUUACCCAUUUGUUCAUUCAUUUUUCCAACCUAUCCAUUUUAAUAUGUUUGGUGUACAAAAUUUCAGAGAAAAAGUAUAACAGUUUGGAAUCUAAUCACCCAUAUAUAGAUAUGGAAUAA